AUGGGCGAUGUGAGAAGUGUUUUGGUCCCGAAAAACCGAAGAAGUCCUCUGAAACAACAUUGGAAAGCGAUCGUAGAGAUUUUGACAAAGCAAUUGAAGUUGAUGGUAUGUUUGCGCACACAAUCGGGACGCUGGGCGGUCUUGAUGCGCGUUUCGCCUGAAACAACCGAUCCUCAACACCUCCAAAAGGGUGUUGACUUUGUGUCAGCGUUUGUCGCAGGUUUCAGCGUUCAGGACGCUCUCGCGAUUCUGCGUAUUGAUGGGAUUUAUAUGGAGUCAUUUCACAUUAAUGACGUUCGUCAACGCCUCCGUAACGACCACAUGGCACGCGCGGUCGGUCGCAUAUGUGGUGCUAAUGGACGUAUUCGGUUGUCGAUUGAAAAUGCUACGCGGACGAGGAUUGUUAUGGCUGACAGAUGCAUUCGUAUCCUAGGAAGCAAUGAGCGCAUUGCUGUGGCCCGUAAGGCCAUUUGCGAUCUCAUCAUCGGGGCGCCUCCCAACAAAGUGUUCGGUCGCCUCCAAAACCAGAUAGCACGGCUUGAUUCGACUUUCUAG